GCGGCGGUGGCGGCUCCCAGAAGCGGCGCGAAUCCGGCCCCCGCAGCGGGACCCGGGCAGGUCUUGACGAGCCCCGCCUGGGCCUAAGCUUGCGGAGGAUGGAAACACUCGCCCGGCAAUGUCUCUGGGCCGCCUCCUUCGCCGGGCCUCCUCCAAAGCCUCCGACCUCCUGACCCUCACCCCGGGCAGUGGCAGCGGGUCCCCCUCCGUCCUGGAUGGUGAGAUCAUCUACUCUAAGAACAAUGUCUGCGUGCACCCACCGGAGGGGCUGCAGGGGCUGGGGGAGCACCACCCAGGUUACCUGUGCUUGUACAUGGAGAAGGAUGAGUCGCUGGGCGCCACCCUCAUCCUGGCGUGGGUCCCCAACUCUCGCAUCCAGAGGCAGGACGAGGAGGCUCUGCGCUACAUCACCCCCGAGAGCUCCCCCGUACGCAAGGCACCCCGCUCUCGGGGCCGGCGCACCCAGAGCUCAGGGGGCCUCCACCAGUCCUCCCCCACGGAACCACGCCCCCUGCCCACCCCCAAAGACGAGGACAUCCUGGUGGUGGCCGAGAGCAUCGGAGAUGCCGUGCUCGCCAGCCCUUCUCUGGAGAAUGGGGAGAAGCUGGCCAAGAGCCUGGGGGAGGACAGCCCCCUCCCUGCCUUGCAGCCUGCCCACAGCGACUCUGGAACCCUGUCCACAGUCAGCUCCCAGGAUGGGACCGAGGAGGGGCAGGAGCCGCGGCCCGAGCCCGGAGAGAAGGACGGCUCCCUGGAGCUGUCAGCCGAGGGCGUGAGCAGGGACAGCUCCUUCGACUCGGACCUGGACGCCUUCUCCUCACCCUUCUGCCUCUCGCCCAUCCGUGCGGCCCUGGCCGACAGCCACGGCUCCGUGUUUCUGGAAAGCGACAGCAGCCCCCCCUCCAGCUCGGACACCGGCCUGCGACUCCCAGACAGCAAUGGCCUCCUGCAGACCCCACGCUGGGACGAGCCACAGCGGGUGUGCGCCCUGGAGCAGAUCUGCGGCGUGUUCCGGGUGGACCUGGGCCACAUGCGCUCCCUGCGCCUUUUCUUCAGCGACGAGGCCUGCACCAGCGGCCAGCUGGUGGUCGCCAGCCGCGAGAGCCAGUACAAGGUUUUCCACUUCCACCACGGAGGGCUGGACAAGCUGUCGGAGGUGUUCCAGCAGUGGAAGUACUGCGCCGAGACACACCUCAAAGACCAGGUUGCCCAAGAAAAGACGUGCAUGCAGUUCUCCAUCCGCCGCCCCAAACUGCCGUCGUCCGAGACGCACCCAGAGGAGAGCAUGUACAAGAGGCUGGACGUCUCCGCCUGGCUGGGCCACCUCAACGAGCUGGGCCAGGUGGAGGAGGAAUACAAGCUGCGGAAGGCCAUUUUCUUUGGCGGCAUUGAUGUGUCAAUCCGGGGGGAGGUCUGGCCCUUCCUGCUGCGCUAUUACAGCCACGAGUCCACGUCGGAGGAGCGCGAGGCGCUGCGUGUGCAGAAGCGGAAGGAGUACUCCGAGAUCCAGCAGAAAAGGCUCUCCAUGGCGCCCGAGGAGCACAGGGCGUUCUGGCGCAAUGUGCAGUUCACCGUGGACAAAGACGUGGUUCGGACGGAUCGGAGCAACCAGUUCUUCCGAGGGGAAGGCAAUCCGAACGUGGAAAGCAUGAGGAGGAUCCUGCUCAACUACGCCGUGUACAACCCAGCCGUCGGCUACUCCCAGGGCAUGUCGGACCUGGUGGCGCCCAUCCUGGCCGAGGUCCUGGAUGAAUCUGACACCUUCUGGUGCUUUGUGGGUUUGAUGCAGAACACGAUUUUUGUCAGCUCUCCCCGGGACGAGGACAUGGAGAAGCAGCUGCUGUACCUGCGGGAGCUGCUGCGGCUGACGCACCUGCGCUUCUACCAGCACCUGGUCUCGCUGGGCGAGGACGGGCUACAGAUGCUCUUCUGCCACCGCUGGCUCCUGCUGUGCUUCAAGCGGGAGUUCCCUGAGGCCGAGGCCCUGCGGAUCUGGGAGGCCUGCUGGGCCCACUACCAGACAGACUACUUCCACCUCUUCAUCUGCGUGGCCAUCGUGGCCAUCUACGGGGAUGAUGUCAUCGAGCAGCAGCUGGCCACGGACCAGAUGCUCCUGCACUUCGGAAACUUGGCCAUGCACAUGAACGGGGAGCUGGUUCUCAGGAAGGCGAGGAGUCUGCUCUAUCAGUUCCGCCUGCUGCCAAGGAUCCCCUGCAGCCUGCACGACCUGUGCAAGCUGUGCGGGACGGGCAUGUGGGACAGCGGGUGCAUGCCUGCCGUGGAGUGCACCGGCCACGCCGGCUCGGAGCGCUGUCCCUACGGGGGCACAGUGCAGACGCCUUCGCCCAAGCCCCCAAGAGACGGCAAGAAGGGCCCAAAGGCGCCUCGGGAGGGCUUCGGCUUCCGCAGAUAGGGUGGGCUCGCGCGCCAUGCAUGGGUUGAGGGGCCCUCACUAGAGGUCCUGGGCGUGAGAGGGGGUGGGGCUGGGCGUGGAGGGGACAGAGACGGUAGAAACGAGAGGAGAUGCCUUUGGGCAACAUGAAGGGAGACGUUGCACAUUAACGACAAGUCAGAGUCCGGAAGGGACAGCAGUAAGGCCAACCAGCCACCCCGCAAGCCAGCUCGGGAAUGCUGGACAGGAUGCAUGGCCACCCCCGAGACGCAGGCUGGCCAGGCGCUCUUGCUGGCUGCCUCUGGAGGAUUUCAGCACGUCCCAGGAGUUCCUCCUGCUUCGUUGGCAACCUCAUGGCGCUGCUGGGCGCUGAGAAGAGCAGAGACGGGAGCAAAAGGCCUUAUUCACCCACCAACUCCGAGGGCUGCAGAGCAGGGGGCUCCUGUCCAGGCCCAGAGACAUGUUUGCAAGCCAGACACGCUUCCUCGUCAGACCCGUCCCCUUCAAGUGAGCCAAACACGCCCCACAGCUUGCCCGGCCACAGCUGUGACACUGAUAUGAAGACGUCCGCCCAAAACACAGGAAAAAAGCCCAGCUGAUUUCAGGAUAGAGGAGGGUGGGGCUUUUCACACCGUCCACGUAAACAUGUCACACCCGUGGUAUGUGGAGGAAACCGCCUGCCGCAAGGCUGGCCCCGGCUGUU